GGAAGACUGCGAGGUGGUGCAGCUGCCGCUGGACGCAGUGGCCUACGUGACGGGCUCCAAAGGCAGCAACUUGCGCCGCGUCGAAGAAGAAACUGGAACUUUUAUUUUUCUCGACGGCGCUCGCGGCGGCGGCGAAGAAAGACUUUUGAUUUUCUGCUUCGACUCCGACGCGCGCCGCCGGGCCCGCAUGCGCAUAGAAGAUCGUAUAGACGAGAAGCUCUCCGGCAGGGCCAGGCCGUUGUACCACGGGGGCAGGUACCGGUCUCCGUCUCCGCGGCGCGGGGACUACGGGGGCUACGGGCGGUACGAAGAGCGCGGGGGCUACGGCAGCAGCAGCUACGGAGGCAGCAGCAGCAGCAGCAGCUACUACGGGGGCUACCCCAGCAGCAGCUACCGCAGCAGCAGAGGCAGCGGCUACCGCAGCAGAUCUCCCAGCAGAAGCAGGGGCGGCUACUACAGGUCUCGCAGCAGAUCUCAAGACUACUGGAGGGGGAGGUCCCGCAGUCCUUUCCGCAGAGAAAGGUCUUACAACAGGUGCGGCUCCCCCAAGUGA